UGGACAUUUUCAAGUUGUUAGUGCCAUUUAUCCCGGAGUAAGGAGAAAAAUUCAACAUCUGAGGUGUAGCUAUGGAUUGCCUAACGCCCUCACAUAAACUAUUGGUUAAACUCUUGAGGUAUGCCUGAGCGCCUACAGCACCAUACGGUGGUGCAUCAUGGGUAAUCAUAUGUAUAUAUGAAAGCCUGAUGGACUCCAAUGUGCUCGUGGUGACUGGUCACAAGAGACAGAUAUGAGGACAGUUGUGCUGCUUUUGCUGGCUCCAAGCCUGCUGGCUAUCGCCUUGGCUGCACCUGCGGAGACACACGUACUGAAUAAUGGUGCCCUGUGUGUGUUGAGCAUACACUGUAAGAGCUCCUGCUGUCACCGUGCCUCUGCCAUCAGUCUGGCCCCAUGCGCUCCCAAGGCUUCAGAGACGGAGAAGUGCUCUGCCAAGAGUAUAUAUGGCUCCUACUACCACUGCCCAUGUGAGCACGGGCUGAAGUGCGACACAGACUGGACCAUCGGGGGUGCCAUCACCAAUACCAACUUUGGAGUUUGCAAAGACCCUAGCACCCCCAAGCCCCCAACGCCACCUCUCCAAACUCCACCGAGAUCUUGAGGCGUGUAACAUAUGCUGAGAGUGUCUUGGUGUUGGUCUGAGUACGAUUCUGAGGCCCCUAGCAUGUGCUGGGGUUUGUCAUGGAAUGCAAUGGCUCGGAUCGCAUCAAUCAGCCGACCAAUAAAACGAAACAUGCAAUGAAACAAGCAGAUAUCCAAAACAAAAUAAAACAUGGUAGUGGAAAUAUUGUUGGUGAAACACAUCUUCACUUUGUGUGACAAUACAAAAGGUGAUCUGUUAAUAUUUCAUCAGACUAUUGGUUCAGUAUUGGUUGACUUAGCAUAGUAGAGUGAGAAGGAUGAGUGACGACACUGAUAAAAAGUCACCAGGAAAACUUUACUUAUCUCUUACUGUACAUAAUACUUCCACAAGAUUGUCAGUCCACCAAAAAUCAUCUUAAACUCCUCAAAGCCAUACAAAUAAAUGUGUAAAACAA